CACUGUGCGUGACGUCACGGGACGCUCCACGUGCCGCUUGUUUACAGCGAGUCUGAGGAGCAGAGAUUGUGAAAGUGUUCCUGGAUAGAGUUUCACUGCUGCUCUUCAUAUUUAGAUCUUCAUCAGAGUCGGUGAGAAUCACCAGCACACGAUAUUGGAGAGAAGAAUGUUCCAGAUGGUUCAGUUCUUAGUUCCCUCGGGGCCCAAGAGACCCGGUAACACCAGCCUAUCUCCCCCGAGCCGACAGAACCGGACUCGGACCGCUUCCAAUGAGUUUCUGCAACACGUCCGGAGAGUCAGCGGCCUGAAACAGCAGGACGUGUUUUAUAAGCUGCGUGUCCCAAACCAGAGUCAGAGCGACAGAGACGAGAUCCACCUGCUGCUGCUCACAGGUCACGGAGUGUUCUGCAUCGAUCUGAAGACGUGGAGUGGCUCUGUUUCGGUCGCGAGUGAGGCUCAGGUCAGAGCGGAGCAGCAGAACUUCACCAGCGUCUCCAUCGAGCAGCUGCCCGACGCUCUUCAGGCCAUUACAGAGAAAACCAGCAACCUGCAGAGCCACAUGAAGCGCUGCGGGCUGAACCUCCGGCCCAAUCUCUUCAUUCCCAGAGUGCUGUUCCUGUCUGCGGACUGUGUGCUGAGCGCGGAUCUGCUGCAGACGGAGCAGCUGCUGUCCUGCGCAGACGUGGAGCCGUUCCUGCGCUCGCUGCGUGAGGGAUACAUGUCCUGGCUCUCCGACGCCUUCACGCCGUCCUGGAUCUCCGGUCACCUGUCGUAUGGGCAGAUGCGGGCGGUGCGGGAGCGGCUGGAGCUCUUGGGCACCUGGGAUGUGCUGCAGAUGAGCAGCGGUCAGGAGAUCGCCGGAGACUUCCAGGGCUGCCAGCAUCUCGCCCUCAACCGACAGGAAACAGAGCUGCUGGAGUUCAGCAGAACAGGAAGUGUGAUCACAGACGCGCUGUGGAGCCUGCUGGGACACACGCCGCAGGUCACCGUCUCCAUGUAUAAGCGAGGAGCGCAGGGGUGGCUGGGUAAACCGCUGAUCGCCACGGCAACCAUCCCCUCCAGCACACGCGUGAUCUUCCGCAUCCGAGGAGAACCGACAGACGCUAAGAUCCCGGCGGGCAGCGUCCGCUCCAUCACGCUGAGCAUCUGAAGCCCUGCAGCUUUAUUCUCUCCGCAGCGAUUCAUUCCAUGCGCUCGACAGCACGAUCAUCACUACUGACACGACCCGUCUUUACCACACCAAUCAACAAGAGUUUCAGUGUUUCAAAUGUGCUUUAUAUCUUUUUCAUAUUUGUUUUACUUUUCUAAUCAGACAUCAGCCUGUAUUCUGAACAGAGUGUGUGAUCAGAUUUUAAGAGUCCAGCUUUCAUGUUUUCAUACUCUUCACAGUCUAGUAAAUCUUCAUGGUCAUUUUAAAAUGUUACUAAUUUCUUUAAAGUGACUUUAAAACUCUGAACAUAGAAAAGAUCCCGGUUGGUUUUGUCAAACUGACGAACAUUUCUUGGCCUUCAUUCAGAUGAUGAAGAUAUUUUUAUCUGUUAAAGCCUCAAUAUUUUGUCAGUUAAUUUGAAAUGAUUGAUAUUU